AUGUUCGAGGCCCCUCCCUUGACUCUGAACGGACCCCAAGGGAAUGUGCGACUCUCUCUCUCUAGCUACGCCUCCCGCCGACCACGGAUACUGCUCCCGGACAGGGCAGGGAGGUCCGACUGAGAAGGUGGUGCCCGAAGGCCCAGCUAUCCGCGUCUCGGACAGGGCGCCAGGCUCGCAGUGGGUGAUAUGUAGACGCCCUCCCUCCCUUCCGCGGUCCAGCCUCGGAACCGGGGCGCCCUCCUGCCCGGAAAGUUUGGGGCUGGGCGCCAUGGCCAAGAGCAGCUCCCUGAAUGUCCGCGUGGUGGAGGGCCGGGCGCUGCCCGCCAAGGACGUGUCUGGUAGCAGUGACCCCUACUGCAUAGUGAAAGUGGACGACGAGGUGGUGGCCAGGACAGCAACCGUCUGGCGCAGCCUGAGCCCCUUCUGGGGGGAGGAGUACACUGUGCACCUACCCCUGGAUUUCCACCAUCUGGCCUUCUACGUGCUGGACGAGGAUACGGUGGGGCACGACGAUGUCAUCGGCAAGAUCUCGCUGAGCAGGGAGGCAAUUGCAGCUGACCCACGAGGAAUUGAUAGCUGGAUCAACCUGAGCCGUGUGGACCCGGAUGCAGAGGUCCAGGGUGAGAUCUGCCUGGCUGUGCAGAUGCUGGAGGAUGCACGGGGCUGCUGUCUUCACUGCCAUGUGCUCAAGGCCAGGGACCUGGCCCCCCGAGACAUCUCUGGAACUUCCGACCCAUUUGCACGUGUGUUUUGGGGCAGCCAGAGCUUGGAGACUUCGACCAUCAAGAAGACUCGCUUCCCACACUGGGAUGAGGUGCUGGAGCUGCGGGAGAUGCCAGGCGCCCCAUCUUCACUGCGAGUGGAGCUCUGGGACUGGGACAUGGUGGGCAAGAAUGACUUCUUGGGCAUGGUGGAGUUCCCCCCGAAGGUCCUGCAGCAGAACCCACCCAACGGCUGGUUCCGCCUCCUGCCCUUUCCCAGAGCCGAGGAGGAUUCUGGGGGGAACCUGGGUGCUCUGCGGCUAAAGGUGCGCCUCGUCGAGGACCGUGUCCUGCCCUCGAAGUACUACCAGCCCCUCGUGCAGCUGCUCAUGGAGUCUGUGCUGGAGCUGCCAGAGGAGGAUGAUGCCAGCCCCCUGGCAGUGCUGGAGCUGACCUCGGGGGACUGCCGCCAGGACCUCGCCACCAAGCUGGUGAAGCUCUUUCUUGGCCAGGGCCUGGCUGGGCCCUUUCUGGAUUAUCUUACCCGGCGUGAGGUGGCACGGACCACUGACCCCAACACCCUCUUCCGUUCUAACUCCCUGGCGUCCAAGUCAAUGGAACAGUUCAUGAAGCUCGUGGGCAUGCCCUACCUACACGAGGUUCUGAAGCCGGUGGUUAACCGUGUCUUCGAGGAGAAGAAGUACAUGGAGCUGGACCCGUGCAAGAUGGACCUGGGUCGUACCAGGAGAAUCUCCUUCAAGGGCACGCCCUCGGAGGAACACGUGAGGGAAGCCAGCCUGGGGCUGCUGACAGGCUACCUGGGACCCAUUGUGGACGCCAUUGUGGGCUCCGUGGGGCGCUGCCCGCCUGCCGUGCGCCUGGCCUUCAAGCAGCUGCGCCAGCGUGUGGAGGAGCGCUUCCCCCAGACGGAGCACAAGGAUGUGAAGUACCUGGCCAUAAGUGGCUUUCUCUUCCUGCGAUUCUUUGCACCUGCCAUCCUCACCCCAAAGCUGUUUGACCUCCGGGACCAGCACGCCGACCCUCAGACCAGCCGCUCACUGCUGCUGCUUGCCAAGGCUGUGCAGAGCAUCGGAAACCUGGGCCAGCAGCUGGGCCAGGGCAAGGAGCUGUGGAUGGCCCCCCUGCACCCCUUCCUGCUGCAGAGUAUCUCACGUGUGAGAGACUUCCUGGACCAGCUGGUGGACGUGGAUGGGGAGGAGGAGGCUGGGGGCCCGGUGAGGGCCCUGGUCCCAUCCUCCAUGACUGUUCGAGAAGGCUACCUGUUGAAGCGCAAGGAGGAGCCUGGCAGCCUGGCCACACGCUUUGCCUUCAAGAAGCGUUACUUCUGGCUCAGUGGGGAGACGCUGUCCUACUCCAAGAGUCCUGAGUGUCAGAUACGCUCCUUCACCCCCGUGUCAUAUAUCCGUGCGGUGGAGCGUGUGGACGAGGGAGCCUUUCAGCUGCCACAUGUGAUGCAGGUGGUGACACAGGACGACGCAGGGACACUGCACACCACCUACCUCCAGUGCAAGAAUGUGAAUGAGUUGAACCAAUGGCUGUCGGCCCUGCGGAAGGCCAGCGCUCCCAACCCCGACAAGCUGGCCUCCUGCCACCCCGGUGCCUUCCGCAGUGCCCGCUGGACCUGCUGCCUUCAGGCUGAUCGCUCAGCUGCCGGUUGCAGCCGCACACACUUUGCUGUCACCCUGGGAGACUGGAGUGACCCUCUGGAUCCUGACGCUGAGACCCAGAUGGUGUAUCGGCAGCUGCUCCUGGGGCGGGACCAGCUCAGGAUGAAAUUCCUGGAGGAUUCCAACAUGGAUUCAAGCCCGGAGGCAGACUCAGGGGAGGGCUCCAGUGCCACGGAAGGGGCCUGUCCCGAUGCCCUGGCCCGGCAGAGAGAGGCAGCUGCCCGCCUGCUGGAGGUGCUCGCAGACCUGGAUCGAGCCCACGAAGAGUUCCAGCAGCAGGAGCAGAGGAAGGUGGCCCCCAACCCCCUCAGGCCCUGAGGAGUGCUGGAGCCAGCCUGGAAGGAGGAGUAAGGAGCCCUUGGGCCCUUCUCGGUGUUCCCUGGCCCAAGAGUCUCCUUCUGGUUGUGUACCUCCUCGGUACUGUGGCUUGGAGGCUUCUGAAGACCUCCUAAUCCCAUGUGCCCUAAGCUCAAAACCCAGGGCAUGGAAGCAAGGGGCCAGUCUUGCACUGAAUGAGCCUCACGCUCUGGGUUAAGGCAAACCGAAGUGGAUGGGAUCAGAAACCUGACUCAUCUGGCUCAGCCUGAGGUCUCUGUUUCACUGGACUGGCUUCUACCCACAUUGAUGAAGCCAGUCUGGCCCUGAGCUGCUGGAUACAGCUGUACCUGAAUCCCUGAUGCCCAUAUAGCCUUGUUGCCCCAGACAAGCACUAAGCCGGCUCAGCCCUUCCCGUUUUCAUGUCUGCCAACCCCUGUAACCUCACUGAUCUUCCCAAGCCCUGCCCUUGGCUGAAGUGCCCUCAGGAAGAACAGGUUGGGAGCCCAAUGUGUAAGACUCAGAUCCUUGGAGUCUGGGUGACCUUGGGCCAGCCUCCUUUCCCCUAUUUGAACCUCAGUUUACCCUGCAUAAAAUAAGGAGGGUGUGAUGUUCGAUGUGUGGUUUUCAAACUGGGUUCCAUAGAGGUAGCUUGGGAGCCAGGGAAGAGCUUCUCAGACUGGACCUAAGCUCACCCUUCUGGGGUGUCUGCAAGAAAUGCAGAUCCCUGAGCUCCACCCAGAUCUACUGCAUCAGAAUCGGAAGGAGUGUGGGGGCAGAAGUCAGGAUUCUUAACAAGUUCCUCAAGGUGAUGUGGAUAAACCUGAGAUUUGAGGAUCACGGGGCUGGUACCUUUGUAUGUAUUAGGGUUUGAAAUUAGGCUUUGAGGUGCGACUCUGUUUGAGAAUGAAUCACAGAAGAUAAAAAUGGUUGGGAACACCCAACUGGCAGAACCGGAAGGGCCUCCAAAGACUCGUUUCCAAUUUUGUGUGACUAGAGGGUGAGAGACAAACUGAACCUACCUGGCUGGGGAGAAGGUGGACCAGGAUGCGACGCUAUCCCGGGGGUGGCCAGCAGGGGUCGCCUGGAGCCGCAGCAUCGACCGCAGCCACCUGAGCAUCCCGGGGAUGUGACCAAGGCUGAUUAGAUGCUUGUUGCAGAUCCUGGGAUCUGUCCCUAAACAGAGCCUAGCCCUCCUCCCCGAGGGCAGAGGCUGGGGCUCUGAGGUCCUGAGAAGCCCAUCACAGUAUCCUCCCAGCUUUCCCCCAUAUUUUCCCAAAGGCUCAGCUCCCAGCCUGACUCAGCUCCUCAUUCCUAGCAACUAUGCUGGCGAGCACUUUGUGCGUUGGUGCCCACUGAGAACGGAACUUUCACCUGUGCCCUUUGAGGGGCUAGGACGGGAAGGGUCUGCCUCUGCCUCCAUCACACCCCUUGCCUGCCCUAGGACAAGAGAAUUCUGGGGCCCUGCCUCUGCAUCUCCCGCUGCCCAAGGCUGAG